AUGCUUGUGGUCCUGCUCACAGCCGCCUUGCUGGCCCUGAGCUCUGCUCAGAGUGCAGCUGAAGGUACCAAGGAAUCUUCCGGACCUUUCUAUGCAGCUCCUGAGCAGCAAGCCCAGAACUCAGGUUCAGAUCCUUCUUCUGCUGAUACAAAUACAGAGAAUGUCCAAGAGGAUAAAUCAGCACCAGCAGAAAAUGAGUCUUCUGCGAACUCUGGGAGUGAACAGGAACAGCAAGAGCAACCUCAGGAAACACAAAAAGCAGAGAAUCAAGUGCCUUCUGACUCUGCUGUGAAAGAACAGAAAAGUCAGUCUGGAGAAGAAAAGGUAGAAGACCUUAAAAAGGACCUUGCCUCUUCUCCUGAAAAUUCAGAAGAACUACCACAACAUAUACCUCCAAUGAAGAAACAUCCUAAUCCUCAGAGAGUGCUUGAUAAAAAUAUGUCCUUCAAACCUGUCAAUAAUACAUCUAAUAUGCAACAAGAACCAGAUUCUGUGCAACAAACCCAGAACUCAGAUUCAGAUCUCCCUUCUGCUAAUGCAGAUGCAGGGAAUACUCAAGAGGGUGAGUCACCACCACAAGCAAAUGAAGAGCCUUCUGCCAACUCUGGGGAUGUACAGAAAAAGGAAGCUAGAGUAGAAAAUGUAGAAGAGGUUGAAAAGCCACUUUCUUCUUCUCCUGGGAAGUCACAAGGACCACCCCAACAUGGAGAUCUUGAGAAGGAACAACCUCUUCCUAAGAAUCAGAGAGGGCCUCCACAUUAUAGAAGUAGAGGAAAGCUUUUAUCACCUGCCGUUAAACAAACAGAUUUAAAAUACUCUUUUUCACCUAUCAUUGGUGAUCAAUUUAGGUAA